UCUAUGGAUUAACGAAAAUAUUUGAGUUUGAAUUUGAGCAAUGGAUUUUAAAAAAUCGCUACUUGAACAACCAAAGAAUCAGAAAUUACUUUCGGAUCUUGACAAGUGGAGAAGAAAGUUCGAAAAUGAUAAGAUAUGCUUUGAGAGGAAAGUUGACAGUAAUGAUACCCAAUUUUCUGAAGAUGUAAUCGAAAUGGCAAGAAGUUAUAAGCAAUACGUCUUGAAAAUUAUUUCCUUAGAUAAUGAAAACGAGCUGUCUAGUAAACUGGAAGAAAUAACCUAUCAAGUUAAAUACCUAGAUGCUAAAAUUUUAAAACUUCAAGAAGAGAUUGAAAUUAUUACAAAGGACAAUAUGGAAUGCAAAUCAGCUUUAAGAAAAGGAAUAAGAAAAUAUUCUAAGAAUUUCAACUGUGAGAUCAGCAUUAAAGAUUUGACUGACAAUACAUUUACAGCAUGUUUAUCUUUCUCACGGGACCCAAACACAGAUCCUGUGUUUUUUACGAUAGACAGAAAGCAACGACAGAUAAUAGAUUUUGAUGUACCCAGCAUACCCAUAGUAACGAAGAACAAUUUAAGACAAAAAUAUUUGAAAGAGAGUCCUCCUAAUGUUGGCGCAUUGGUUUGUCACUUAAGAAAUAUUGUACUAAAUUUAACGUAAGAAAUGAUUGAUUUACUAGGCGACCGUGUAGAAAUUUAAAAAAAGGCAAAUCCAAAAAUUGAUGUAAUAUAAUAAUAAUUGAUUAAAAAACUAUCGCUUUCUGUGUGUUAUCAGAUUCGAUAUCUUUCCUUUUCCGUUUUUGCGUUUGUGGAACAUUUUUGCUGAACUUAUUAUUUGCUUUUUUACUUUACCAUUUUGGAUUCGGAUUUUGAAAACUGUUCUUUAAUGUUAUUAUAAGCAAAAUAAGGGUUUUGUAAUAUAAUAAUAAUAAUAAUGUAAUGUAAUAAGGGUAAUAUAUUGUGACUUGCGGACCGAAUGGGCGGGGCUGGUUUCCCAGAAGCUUUUGUAUGGGGGAAUAGGAGCGUGAUUACAAAUUGUCUCGAAGACGACGGACCCUUUACUCUAGAAGGCGCUGCGUGCUAAAUAAGCGAGCACCGCUCUUAGGGGUACUGAGUCAAAAAAGUGGAACAACGCGGAAAUAUAAAUAAGGUUUUUUAUAAACUAUUAUAGCAGUCUGUACAGUGAAUAGUGGUGUGUGAUUUUUAUUGUUUAUUUUGGACGAAAUAAAUGUUAAGUUUCGCUCAAUUUUAGAUAUGAUGGUCAAAAAUAAUAUUAAUAGUUAAUAUUUCGUCAAACUGCCAUUUUUGUUUUAGAGAUAAUAGGAUAAUCUAUCGUUUCGGUUAUUUAAGUCAAAUCUGGUCUUAUUUAACGCGUUCAAAGGUUAAUAGUUAUAUGAAUCAAAUCAAUUCAGAAAACACAAAGACUACCAAAAUGUUGUGCAAUUACGAAUAUCCCGUUCGAAAAGGUGACGCUUCAACCUUAAUAGCUUUUAAGCUUUAAGCUUGCAGUGAUUCCCAAAGUGGUCUAUAUCGGGGGUCGGGGGUCCACGAUAGCGGAUCUCAACAUGCACUGAUAGUAUCAACUUGCAUUAUACAAUGUUAUAGACCUAUACAUUAUCUAUAAUAGUACCUAUAAAGUAAAAAAGCUAUUGUAUAUGUUUAUAAAAUUGUGUAAAUGGGAAGAUAUAGGCCUUCGCUUUGUGGUUGUAAUACAUUUUGCACUUGUAAAAACUUGCAAAUAAUGAUAUAAUUAUAUCAUCUUGUUAUAAACAUACGCGCAUUAAAAAUUCCCUGAUUAAAACAAAAAAAAAUUUUGACUCUGGUAAUACCACCGUGGAUAAUUAACCCAUAUUGAAUUGAAUGAAGUACAAACGAAAAAAAGUUCAGUUUGAAAACGGAUAUCAGCAAUUCUGACUGCAAAAAAACAUGCAAAAAUAAUUUCCUUUCCAUCGUCAUACCCAGUAGGAAAGGGGUUUAGCGCUGUUAUCAAUAUCUUAACGAAAAAAAAUAUUACAUUGGACAUAAUUUGCCGAGGAGAUUGACGCCAAAAUUUGAUAAUUUUUUUAUUAAAGCAUCAGGUUCAUCAAUCCCACUAAAAACUUUUACUUAUUGCUUAGUUUAUUUUAAGUUACGUAUAUUUUAUAAACAGAUACAAAAUUCUGUUUUGUGUAGUUUUAAUUUAAAUUA